AUGGCCUGGGUAGCAGAUAAGGCGCGGUUUUAUCUCGAACGGGCGGCUCCCGAGCUGCGCGAGUGGGAGGAGAAGGAGAUCUUCACCAAAGACGAAAUUCGCAACCUCGUAGCCAAACGGUCCGAUUUCGAACAUCUUGUGCUCGCCCCCGGCACCAAGCCGACCGAUUUCCUCAACUACGUCAACUGGGAACGCUCGCUAGAUCGCUUACGUGCGAAACGCUGCGCCCGUCUCAACAUCCGCUCCGUCACCUCUCACGCCAGCCAAGCUCGCACCUUCGGCAUCUUCGAGCGCGCAGUUCUCAAGCAUCCUGGAAGCAUCGAGUUAUGGCUCGCCUACCUUGAAUUCGCCGCCCAGGUGAAAGCGACAAAGCGCUGGCGCCGUAUCAUGACCCGCGCUCUGCGCCUUCACCCGAUGAACGCCUCGCUUUGGACACUCGCCGGUCGUCGCGCAGCUCAGAACGGCGAUAUGCAGCGUGCGCGCGCCCACUUCCUGCGUGGUUGCCGUUUCUGCACGCGCGAGCCGACGCUCUGGCUGGAGUAUGCCCGCUGCGAGAUGGACUGGCUUGCGCGCAUGGAAGCCAAGAAGCAAGGGCAGGGUGUGAGAAAAGGUGUCAAUGCUCUCGAAGCCAUCAAGGCUACCGAGGGUCAGGAAGAGGGCGACAUCAUCCCGAUUGGGGAGGACACCGAGGACGACAGCGGCGACGAGGACGGGCUUAUCCUGCCCGAUCCGGACGCCGAGGGCACCGACGGCACCAAGAAGGCUGCCAAGCCAGUCUUCGACGCCGAGCAGACCAAGAAGCUCGAGCAGAGCCCCGCUCUCAGCGGCGCAAUUCCCAUCGCCGUUUUCGACGUCGCCCGGAAGCAGCCCUUCUGGGGCCCUGCCGCCGCCGAGAAGUUCUUCGACGUGUUCGCCAAGUUUGGACAUCUCUCCUGCCACGAGCGGAUCAUCUCUCAUGUGGUCACCACCAUGCAGGAGCUCUUCCCCAACCACCCGUGCACCUGGAGCGUGCACAUCCGCCAGCCGCUUGUCGGCGUCGAUGUGCUUACGCCGGCGUUCCCUAAGGCCCUACGCGAGUCGCUUGCCCGCCUCAAGGCCGCGCUGCAGAGCACGACCGAUAGGAAGGCGCUGGCGACGAAGAUGGUCGCCUGGAUGGAUGGUAUUCUUGCAAUUGAGAAGCUGGAUGCUGCCAUCCGCACCGUAUUGGAGCACACCAAGCGCUCGCUGGAGGAGUCGCCCAGCUGA